CCACGGGACACGGCCGGUUUCCGGCGACGACGGGCCGAGGAGUCCAGCGUUUCCCGAGAAGACAGCUCUGUGCGCUUCCCCUCACUCAGAUACAUAGUGCCAUUCCAAAGAACCAUUGCUCACAGCUGUGCUAAACUAUAAACGCUAUGCUUAAUGAUAGAUAGUGUUUAAGGGUUUUCAAGCUCUGUGUUAUUUAUACUUAAUAACGUAAUAUUACUAAUUGCGUCUUCAGCGUGAGAACACUUGAUGCUAAAGAUAAUUGCACAGAGAAGAAUUUUGAAGGGAAUCGAUUGCACGUGAAAUAUUUGUACAUAAGUUUUCAAGAUUCGUCAAUGCAAGUAAACGAAUUGUGAUUGAAAUCAUCGAGAGAUGCUACCAAAGGAAAGUUGAACCAAUUUUUUCUACACAAACUUCUGGAUUCAAAAUAAUGACCAAAGGUGCGAAGACGACUCUGUCGCAAAUUUUUCGGUGGCAUUUCACUAUGUCUUGAGCGACAUUAUCUGACGGAAGGAAAAGUUUCUUUUGGCGUUUGCUACAAGCGAUAUCAUUGUGUAUUAAACAUGGCGAGGAAAAGCGAUAAUGCCAAGAGCAUUAACAUCGCGGUGGUCGGGCUUUCCGGCACGGAGAAGGACAAGGGACAGGUCGGCGUCGGCAAGUCGUGCCUGUGCAAUCGCUUCAUGCGUUCCAUGAGCGAUGAUUACAACGUGGAACAUAUUUCGGUGUUGUCGCAGUCUGACUUCAGCGGACGUGUGGUGAACAACGAUCACUUUUUGUACUGGGGCGAAGUGAUGAAAAUGGCGGAGGACGGGACGGAGUUUCAAUUUCAAGUAAUAGAGCACACGGAGUUUAUAGACGACGCGUCGUUUCAGCCGUUUAAAGGCGGCAAGAUGGAGCCGUACGCGAAGAGAUGCGCGGCUACGAAAAUCACGAGCGCGGAGAAGCUCAUGUAUAUCUGCAAGAAUCAGCUGGGCAUAGAGAAGGAGUAUGAGCAGAAGGUCCUGCCCGAUGGUAAAUUGAACAUCGACGGGUUCCUGUGCGUGUUCGACGUGAGUCUUGUGCCGAAUAGAGCAAUAGAGAAGCAAGUUGAUCUUGUGGCGAAUAUCCUGAAUAAUUUGAUGAAAGCAAAGAAACCGAUUGUCCUGGUGACAACGAAGAAUGACGAUGCGAACGAGCAGUUUGUCAAGGAAGCUGAAAAACUGAUAAUGCGCAAGGAGUACAAAGGAUCGAUUUUGAUCAUCGAAACCUCGGCGCACGAAAACAUCAAUGUAGACUUGGCUUUCAUGAUCCUGGCGCAGCUGAUUGACAAGACAAAGAUGCGCAGCAAAGUGGUGCCGUUCGCCGAGGCAGCCAGAUCUAGGAAAGAGCUGCUGGACGCGUCGACGGAAUCAUUGCAGAGAUUAAUCCGGAUACACGUGACCGAUUACCGCGCCUUGUGGUCGCAGGCCUCGAAGAAGCUCGCGCAGCUCAAGGAGUUUUCCACUUUUGUAGAGUUGUUUGGCAUUGAGGCGACGCAGAGACUGUUCAGAAGGCACAUUAAGAAACUGAAGGACGAGCAAAUAGCGAAGAAGAUACAGGGCUAUCUGGACAUGUUGCCGGAUAUCCUCCACGAAAUCUGUCCCGAUAUAUCGAAUUUAAUUAAUGAAGAAUGGUCGGCGGUGCAACAAUACAUAAAGGAGCAUCCUGAUUUCGACCAGUAUUUCUACGAGUGCCCCGAGGACAUACCAUGGAUCGAUUGUGAUUUUGGAGAAAGCAACGGCACGAAAAUUCCUUACGACGUACUGGAGACUCCUGAGGCGGAAACCGUAUUUAAAAAUCACAUAAACGCUUUACAGCAAGAGCAACGACGGCUAGAACUUCCGAAAAGGUGGAAGAAACAAUUUAAACAAUUAUUGGAAGAAACUGGUUAUGUCACGCCUGGGAAGCAUUUGUCUGAAGUUCGGGUUUUAUUUAUGGGCAGAGAAUGCUUUGAGGAGCUUUCUCAUCACGAUUGCCAAGAAAUUUAUGAUCAGCAUCAGAAGGAGAUUAUUGAAAAAGCAAAGCACAAUUUUCAAGAAUUACUGUUGGAACAUGCUGAUUUAUUUUAUCAUUUCAAAAGUAUAGCGCCUUCCGGCACUAUCACACAAGACGACAUAAAGGAAAUCACAGACGCAUUAUUGGAUGAUUUUAGAUACAAAGCGUUAGAUAGAUUAGAUCAAGAUAGAAAGCUAAUGUUGUUCCAACACUUGGGUUUCGUGCAUUGUCCUAUAAGGGAGCAUUGCCCUGCUUAUCCGAACUGCAUGGACGCACUUAUAGAAAGGAUACUCGGAACGAAAGCUCACAGACCUUCCUCAUGGAAUCACAGUAGUCAGUGGCAGUUAACAUCGGAUAACAAUCAGUUAAAUUUAGUCAUACUCGGAAGUAACGGACUGAGCGAGGAGUUUGCUCGCGAAAUAAGAGCCCAGACGGAGGACGACGAGGUGGAGAUAGAUUGUCAGUUGUACACGCUCGGAUACCGCAUCAUAGACGGCGAUGUCGGAUUGCCGCAUAAUUCCUUCACUACCUCCGAUUUUAUGCCACAUGGAUCUUUUUGCAUCUACUCGAAUGAGGAUUCGUUUGAAUACAUUCGAUCCUCCUUGGAAAAAACUUUAUUGUCAAAUCUGGAGCAAGAGGACAGGCUGCCGUUCCAAGGUUUGCCCAUUGUAAUCAUGUUUAUGCCAGAAGCCGGUAUCGACGAAAUGGAGGCCAUAAAACUCCGAGAGGAGGGACAGAAUCUUGCUGACAGCUUGCAAUGCCCGUUCAUCGAUGUCUGCAUAGACGAUCUGGACCAGGAAAAGCACAAAAGAUUUCCAAGUUCAUUGGUAAAGGACGCUUUGCAGCAACUCAUACAAUCCAUAAACCAUAGAGCUGGUUUUUUAAACAUAUACCAGAGCGUCAUCGAAUGUUUGGAGCCUGAUAUCAGGAUAAUAAUGUGUAUGUUUUGCGGCGAUCCUUACUCGGUCGAGAACGUACUCGGCCCGUUACUGAAUCAUCAAUGCUGCUUUCUCAGCGGAGAAAGAUCUAUAGUUCUGGAAACGUUUCUGGGAGACUGUAAACGUCGUGUCGAAGUUAUUAUCUCGAGUUUUCACGGAGCCAAUGCGUUCAGGGAUGAGUUAGUGCAUGGCUUCAUACUCGUUUAUUCCACAAAGAGGAAAGCCUCUCUUGCGACGUUAAAUGCCUUUUCCGCGAACAUACCGAAUCUGCCGAUACAAAUAAUGGCUGUGACCGACACUGGUGGCGCGAACGCUUUCUUCAGUAACGACUUAAGUCAUCUACUUAUCACAGAGGGAAAUGCUAUUGCGGACAAAUUGGAGGCGCAUUUUAUGACAUCCGCGUCUAGCUGUCAACAGAAAACCGCAUUUUACACGCCUUUCUUCAAAGUGGUGUGGGAAAAGAAACCGGAGAUCGAGCAAGCGUUCAACAUGGAGGAACCCGGGAAUCUGAACGACAGCGGGGAAGGUACCUUGGAGUAUUCGGCUUUGCAUCCGAUGCCGCCGCCGCGACACGAGAGCUAUCAUCUUCAAACGCCGGAUGACGGUAUGUCCGUAACUUUUAGAAGCGGCUCCGAGUCAUACGAGCAAUUGACGCCCGACGGUGAUCUGGGCGACACUGGACUGACCGAACAGUUCGCCGAUCAUAGAGCAACGCCGAGCGACGACAGCGACAUUUACAGCCAGGUCGACUUCUAUCGAGAGGAAAGAGAGAGAGAACUGAUGAAAAACGAGGAUAUCACGAAUAAGCUGUCCGGUUGGGUGAAGGAGACAUUUAUGCAUCAAGACGGAGUUACGAACAGCUAUUCGCAUAGAGCCUUCACGACGGGCCGACGUUAUAUUUCUCAGGCUAAACCGCGACCGAAGGGGAACAGUCAGACCUUGAAGCAGCCCGGGAAAAUCAAUCUGAAAGAUUUCUCCAAUGUGACAGACGCGAUAGCCAGGAUGACGAUCGGCGAAAAGGACGAGCACGGUCCGAAACAUACGAUGGGCCACGCUCCCCUCGCCACACCGGAAUUGGUGGAUCUCGGCUCCGAGUACGCGCAGGUGAAGGACGUUGUCCCGAGCAUGUACUCCGCUUACGAUGGCGAUUAUAUGUAUGCCUUGGUGCAAGAUUCAAUUAGCAACAAUAAAUCCAAGCUGCGCCACCGACGCGAAAAGGGACAGCCAUCAUACAGUGACUCCGAUUCAGAAUGGAGUUCCUUGGAGAGGCAAAGAACAACUGAUGUCUUGGGUAAAGCCAACAAGAAACCUUCGACACACAAACGAACGCGCAAAAAACGCACCGCGAUACCGGUCGCGACACCCAAAGUGCCAUCGCUGGCCAGUAUGGGAAGCGGGGACGGUCUAGUCGGCAUGAACUACAAUAUGAAAGAUGACAAAAAUUGGCGCGUUGAUGCAGCAGACAGAGUGUCCAGUGAGACUCCCGACAGUUCUGAGUCGAGCGAUCCAGAGCACACUUCGAGGUCCAGAUCGAAACAAUACAAAUAUGCCGCGGUUAAUUUGCGGAAGAGAUUUUCCGGAAACUCUCUGCAACAGCAAUAUCUGCAACAUCCGCUUAAUAUGAAGUAUAUGGCGCAAGAGAUGUUCAGUGCACCCUCCAAGCAAAGGAGUGAAAAUACGUUUGGCAUUCCAGAUGACGAAUCAAGUCUAGACGUUUCCUCACCGCGAGAAAUCAAUUCACCUAGUUUUGGUAUAUUGAAUAAGUCGAAGGACGGUGACAAGCUGACCAGGAAGAAAGACAAGCAAAAGGCGAAGGAGGACGAAAAGUUGGAGAAAAGGAGACAAAAAGAGGAGAAGCUGAAGAAACACGCCGAGAAGGAGAAGGAAAGGGAGAAAAAGAAGCAGGAGAAGAUAAAACAGACCAAAGGCCCAGGUGGAACACCGAUCUCGAGUCAGUCGCAGCAACCCUUGAUUGAGGAUUUCGCGCAGAGUGAAACGAAUCGGAUACCCUUGUUUCUCGAGAAGUGCGUACGAUUUAUCGAGGAAGAAGGAUUGGACUCGGAAGGAAUAUAUAGGGUGCCCGGUAAUCGUGCGCACGUGGAAUUGCUUUUCCAAAAGUUCGAAGAAGAUGGUAAUGUCGAUAUACAUUCUUUGGAUAUUCCCGUAAAUGCUGUCGCAACAGCCUUGAAAGAUUUCUUUUCAAAGAGGCUACCACCGCUUAUUGACAAAGAGCGCAUGAGCGAACUUGAGGAUAUAUCAGGUGCACGAGGUAUUAGCAAACCUAUGUCGGCUACUUGCAUGAAUAUGGAAGAUCGAAGCGGCAGAUUGUUGGCUUUGCGUCUGAUGCUCAACAAGUUGAAUCCCGUUAAUUUCGACGUUCUCAAGUUCAUCUUUCAACAUUUCGUAAAGGUUGCGGAGAAUUGUAAACUCAACAGUAUGGACAGCAAAAACCUGGCGAUCUGCUGGUGGCCUACGUUACUACCGAUCGAAUUCAACGAUCUCGGCAGAUUCGAGGCUAUGAGGCCGUACCUGGAGGACGUGGUCCAAACGAUGAUCGAUCAGUAUCCUUUCCUGUUCUGCGGCGAGGAUGCCGUUGUGAUGGUGUAGUGAUGAUACACGCUGCCGCGAGGUGCGUAGUUUUCAGCAGCUGUGUGACGAGAAAGAGAGAGAGAGAGAGAGAGAGAGAGAGAGAGAGAGAGAGAGAGAGAAGAGAGAGAGAGAGUGCAGUUUCUGCGGACAACAGCAGCGGUAAAUAUGGCCCGUACGACCUGUAGACCCCGCAACAUCGCGCCUGACUCAUGGAAUAAUCCAUGACACGAUUCUUUUGUACCGCCAUCAACGGUUGCGAUUAGACAUAAACGAUUGGUCUCAAUAUAUUGUAUCGAUAUUAAACUUCGCUUUAGCGCACCGUUGUAAUACGGUUAAUGUAAGCCCCACGUAAGGCGCGACGUGGACGAUCGAACAAAGUGUCGCAAAAUUUUUAAAUUUAAUCAUUCGCGUUUAUUCAUUUCUGGGAUGUCUGAUAAGAGGAUUUCUUCUGUGGAAUGAUCAAUCGAUGGUCCUAAGGCGAUUGUUCGCGUGCGCGAAUCAGAUAAUAACGCGAGAAUAAUGAGUCAAUCCAUGUGUCAUAACAGUAUACAUGUAUCAUGUUGAAUGUAUCCAGAGCGAUGUAUUUAUGGAUAUUGUAUUAGGGAUAUAAGACUCGAUAUUUGAUAAUAUCGCAAUAGCAAAUAGCUUUAUACCGCUAAAAUGGUAAGAUCGAUGUUGCUUUUAUUAUUUGCUUUUUUCGUCUUCUUUCUGUUCUCUCUUCGUGUCUUGCCCAUGUCGCAAGGAAUGGAAACACCGACCGCGAAGUGAUGACGCUAACGUAGCCUCGUUAAAGAGGUUGUUAUUAGAAUUUAAAGAAGAGUGUAUUCAGCCAAUAUAUAUAUAUGAAAGACAUGAAACAUAAUGAGAUUUAUCAUCGCGUAAUAUUUAUAUAUAUAUAUAUAUAUCUAUAUAUAUAUAUACAUUUCACAUAGCAAUGAUAUCAAAAGAGCCAGUGUUUUUUUAAUAUAUUUCUUUUUCUUUCGGUUAAAGCACAAAUUGCUAUUCAAGCGUAUUUACUUUUGCAUUCUAUUGGUAUUGUUCGGCUGGAAUUUCAAAAUAGUUUUGAUCACAAUAAAGCCAAGCGAGCUCAAACGAUAAUACAAUCCGUAUAUUCAUUCCGUCUAAAAAUAAAAGUAAAAACAAAAAAAAGAAGAAAAAGAAAACGAAAAGCGUUACAUGUAAUCGCACAAUGUCUGGACAAAUAGCGGUAACAAGCAUUACGCAAAAGAAAACGAGGAUAUAGAGAUAUAAGAAAGAACAUUUUAGCAAUUUCGCACACACAAAACAUACAUAUAAAAAAAUUGAAUCGAAAUUAUUGUAUUAAGAAAUAUUUAGAGGUAUGAACAAUACUAAGGUUUCUUAAAGCGAAUAUGUACAUAGUCUAACGAUUUAAGGUACGCAGUUCGUAACGAGAAACGCUACAUAAGAAUUUUUCCAAGAGUAAAAAGGAGCUCGUUUUACGCAACAAGUUGACGUUUCGUCAUUCGUAUUUUCGCAGAAACGCAGAAAGUAUUUAUUAACAUGCUAUCGUCGCGCAUAAGAUUUCAGGACUGACAGUUCGGUUACACGACGGAAAGAAAUGUACUAUUUAACUUUGUAUUUAAUUAGGAAUGCACGCUCAAAUUUGUCAAUUUAUUGUUUCCGCUGUUCACUUUGAAUUCGCGUGCUUGAGAAUUCGCACAAAAACCCGUGAAAUUAGUGGGACAUUUUUGUAGGUGUGCCAUAACUUAACUCGAUGUUAACGGUAACGACAUAUAUGCCUUUCGGCGGCUCAACAUUCGAAAGUAAGCGUGUCAUAUAAAGCACCAAAAGCGAACGUUCGUGAUCUGGUGAAUUGCCGAGAGAUAUUUAAUAUCGCCUCUGAAUGUUGGAGCCACUUUGAAUAAGAGAAACAAAAAGAAGCGACACUUUUGUAAUCCGACGAUUAACCGUAAACAUUCCCGUAAGGAACGUCGAUGUUAUUUUGGUUGCGUGAGAGAAAGAGAGAAAGAGAGAUGCGUUUUCACCAAAUCCAUAAAAUCUCGAAAUUAGAGUAGAACCUCGAAGGGGGAUUUUCAAGUGAGAGAAGGAGCAUUUCGUCGACGCGGAUUCUCGUGGAAAACGCAUGUCUCACGAUCACGCUACACUCUGUAUUUGUAAGGAAACGUAACGAUAUUUCUACGAUCGACGCGCCGCGAGGAAUGCGCGCGCGAUGAGAGAAGAAAAAGGAACGAAUCGUACAUUCCCAUUUAGUCGUAAAAACAGAUUUUAUACAUUCGUACGUACGUAAUUGUAUAAUGUUCUUAAUAGGAAGAGAAGGACGUCGAUGUUUUACGUGAACGCCGAAUAGUUGGAGAACCGUGUGAUAAUGACGUGACGCUCUUACGUCGACGCUGCAGUGGUUGAAGUGCGUUGAGGGACACUUGCAAACGCUCGCUUAAGAGAUGUUUUCGAUACUGUCUUGUUAUUUUUGUCUAUUUUAUAUGUACGGAUUGAUGAUUGAGUUGAAGCAUUUGUAAACUUUUCCCGCAAGCACGACAUUAUACAGUUACAUUGAGAGUCGUUUGCAUCAACUCUUACUGUUUGAUAUUCGCUUACAUCAACACAGAUGGUCACUUGAUCUCUUGAUUUGCCAUAUUAGAAUCGCGUAAAUUGUGAUGAUAAUCUACAAACGACAACGUAGAGUUGCUUAAUAAAAUGAAAUUAAUUAGUCGACAAUUGUCUUGUUGGUGCAAUCGAGUCUCAAUUUUCUCACGAUUAAAUCUACCGUAUGUAUUUCAUGUAGCAGCUUGCAAUCUUUUUUCAUGUAACUAGUUUGUUUAGAAACUUAGAGCGAACUAUAUAACUUAUUGCGACCGAUUGAAGGGUUCAAGUGCGACAGUAGCUCGAUCCAUUUCUUUAAAUACUUGCAAAAAUCUCAAACUUGGCAAAAAUAAAUUUUAUUCUCUCAAGACUUCUCUGCUCCGAAGGCGGACAAUUUAUUUAUAGAUCCUUUAAUUACGAGGCCAUAAAAUAUUAUUAAUUAUCUUAGGUUCUGAAAGAAAUGAGUUAGACCGCUGUUGCAUCGAAUCUCUCGAUUGCAGUCUCGUUUCGUCGCAUUCUCGUAUCCACGAUGUAACGGGUAAGCAAUAGCAAAGAAACGAAUCUAGCGAGUAAGUGCUCGAGAAAAUACUUGAUGACGAGCACGCGUAGUGAGCGCGAAAUAACGAAUACUAAAUUCCGUAACAGUUCGUCCUUCGCGCACUACACAACCAUCACCGUCAUCAUCACACAUCGUCGCUACCAUGAUCCCCGGGACACGUAUCCAUCGAGCGUCUUCUCUCUCACGAAGCCUAAGGAGGAAGAAAAUCACUUUUCUACGAUACGUCCGUUAAGGUUUCCGCUUGUCUCUUCUCGCUGUCUGAGGACGGGCCGACCACCCCGUCGAAUACAAAUCCUUACAUUAUCGUAGCCUGUGAUAAGACGUAGGCGAAUGGACCUUAUUUCUCUUUAUUUAUAGCAUCGGCUGAUGUGCGAAUGUAUUAUAGUUGUACAGUUGCAUCGGGAUGAUGUGUAUUAUAAGCUCCGCUUUCUUUGCCUUU